UCAUGUGACGUUUAAGCGAACCACCAGUCCUCUGGAGAGAGGGAGAGUGACAGUGUGCGUGUGUGUGUUAGAGAGAGAGAGAGAGUGAGAGAGAGCGAGAGAGUGAGUGAGAGAGAGAGGGAGAGCGCGUGUAUGUGUGUGUUUGGAGACAUAGUUAUGAAGAGACCGUGUCAGGCGGUGUUAUAGCCAUUACGCACUGUUACGCACUGACAGCUACUUUCCAGAGAGGAGCACUGUGCGCAGAGGAGCGCGAUUUUGGAUUCCUCACAUGCACAGGAAAAAUAAAGACUUUUUCAUCAGCAUUCAGUGGAUCUCCAGCAGAACAGCUUGAUCUUCAGAGCAGACCGGAGUCAGCUGCCACCCAUCCGAACAGGAAUGGUGGAUCACUUGCCGCUUGGUGACGAGACCUUCCUGUAUUACACUGGCUCUCUAGGCUCUGACUACAACUGCCUCUGUCGCCACGCCAAUGGUGGCGUGUCGCCGGGCAUCAUGGUAACUGAUGCAUGCAUUUACCAUCGCCACCACCAUCCUUACCAAGGGUUGAUGGUCUCUUCCUCGUCUCGUCUCUCAGAGGAUGACCUCAGUGACUCCUCAAGCCCUCGAUCCUCCCUCUGCUCCAGCCCAGAGUCCUCAUCGCCAGCCUCGCGGCACGCUUUCGGCUCGAGCUCCGAUAGCAGGAGCAGCAGAAGCAGUGGGAGCUCCAGCUCUUCAUCUGGAGGAGAGAGUCAGGAAAGCUUGCUGGACCUCCUGCUCUCACAGAACUCCCUUAGCACCUCAUUAAACCAAAAUGCCAGCCACAGCAGCUCUCUCAAUUCCCCUCUUUCUUCCUCCAUAUAUGUUUCCUCUCCACCUCUCUCUUCCUUUUCAUCUCUCACUCCCCCCCUUUUACCCAUGGGCCUGGCUUGGGAGUCCAAGAGGGAGCAGCGGUUGAGUCUCCUCCAGCAGCAGGCCAAGGAGGACUGUUACGAGUUCCCCGUCUUCCUUGAUGAGCUGCAGGAUCCUGCGGCGCUCCUUUUUCAGCCCACGCUGGAGGAGAUUGAGGAGUUCCUCGAGGAAAACAUGAUGGUGGCAAUGGAGAAAGAGGAGGAGGGGAGUGAUGAGGCAAUGUCACCAACAUCAGAGGACGCUGAGGCGAAACGUUCAAGGACAUUAGCGGGAGAAAUUCUAUCAAUGUUUCAGAACUCAGAUCAGACUGUUCCUGUUGACACAAAGACCAAACAUUCACCAUGUGCGUCUGACAUGGACAGCCCACCAUCAACAGUGGAUGCUACUUGCAUUAGUAGUUAUACUUAUUCUAGUAGUCAAGUUGAUGGGAUCAAACAGGAGGACCAUGAAUCAUUGCCCUCCUUAUCAGAAGAUACCAGUGCCUCCAAUGUGCCAGUCAUCCUACAAAUCCAGCCCAUACAGAUCAAACAAGAACCCAACCCCAGUGCCAUAUCAGAUGCCGUCACCCAGCAAACCCAACCACAGAAAACCCAGUCCCAGCCAACUCAGGCCCCAUCGGAUAUCAAAAUUGCGCAGCUCCUGGUGAACAUCCAGGGACAGACCUUUGCUUUGGUGCCUCAGCUUGUUUCCCCAACGAACAUGAGUAGCUCGAGUAAAACCGGAAGCGCUACCUCAUCCAAAUUUGUCCGGAUUGCGCCAGUGCCCAUUGCAGCUAAACCCAAUGGCCUUGGAGAAGCUGGGCUGGGGGGCUCGGCUGCAGGGGUCCUUGUUGGAGGUCAGAGGUACCAGAAGAGUGCUGUAGCAGACCUAAUUAAAAUGCACAAGUGUUCUUUUCCUGGCUGUAACAAGAUGUACACCAAAAGCAGCCAUCUGAAAGCUCACCUGAGGAGGCACACAGGGGAGAAGCCCUUCGCCUGCACGUGGCCUGGCUGUGGAUGGAGGUUCUCCCGGUCCGACGAGCUGUCCCGACACCGGCGCUCCCAUUCGGGGGUGAAACCGUACCAGUGCAUCGUGUGCGAGAAGAAGUUUGCCCGCAGCGAUCACCUGUCGAAACACCUCAAAGUCCACCGCUUUCCACGAAGCAGUAGGACAGGACGCUCUGCAAACUGACCCCCCUGACCCACUCAAAAAGACUGACGCAAAGCAGGGGGCAGGUGGCGUGUGUGUGUGUGUGUGUGUUUGUGUGUGUGCGUGAGAGAGAGAGCAAGAGAGGGGAGAGACAGAGGAGGAGGUGAAAGUCCAAACGCCCUUUAAAGAAGUCUGUGCUGGACUCUUAAAGCUCAUGUGUGUUUAUGUUCGAAUAUGUGCGUGUGACGUACAUUCAUGGUACUGUGAUAAUUUAUUGGGUGGUGAGGAAAAGACUGUAAAACCUAAACUAAAGCAGAAAACUGUUACUUGACCUAACACCCUCACAGGUGGAAUAAGCUUCUUGUAUAUACAACAUUUAUUUGUCUCACUCGAAUCCUGUAGUUAAUCCAAUUUGAAGAAAACUGCCAUUCAGAGGAAUUUGACACUCUGAAGUGUGUGUGAUUACUGAUGCUCGAGCCUUAAGCCUUAUAUCGGUAAAGGUUGUGAGACGGGGGAGUGUGCUACUAUUUAAACCCUCAGUUUUUCCCUUUUCUGGAGCCAACCGUUGUUUUAAAGUAAUAUUAGUUAAAAAGUCUGGUUUAAACUUUAAUGCCUCACCAGCAAUAAGAACCUAUCAAGACGCAUUGUGAUCUAUGAGGCGGUUUCUUUCUCGAUAGUUGGCAGACUAAAUGACGCCUCGACAUUCCUUCAUCUUUCAUUCUGUGUCUUUGUAGCCUUUGAGUCUCGUUACAGGAAAACAACAGUGUUGUUAGUACACAAGAACAAAGCUCAUGUUGAAUUACUGCUCCCACCAACAAAGAUCAUUUUAAUGUCUAAUUUGCACUGGUGAGUGAGUAUUUUCAGUAUUUAGAGUAGUUGUGUUGUGGUCUGACUUCACUAACAUACAGCAAUGUUUUUUUUUGGUUCUCAUUUAGUUAAACACGACCGUCUAUCAGAAUAGUUGUCAUUUUUAUGGCCCUUUUUUGGGGGAUCAAACAGAGUGAGGUUUGCAGCUACAUCCCAUGAUUAUCUGCAAAAUAUUCCAAGCCAAGGUCGAAAACAAGUAUUUAUAGAAGCACGUCCGCGUCUCUGUUUUCAACUCAUGAUAAAUCACAACCUUUAUGUUCUAGUUUUCUUCUGUUAGGUAAAGACAAAUCAUGUAGCCAUUACUUUAUUUCGCCUUGUUCACUGUUGUUAAAAAUAUGUAAAAUAAUGCUACAUGGUUAAUUCAGCUAAAAGACAAAGGGAAAGUACGGUGUCAGUAGGAAUCAAAUCUAGUUUCUCCCCUUCUUCACACAGAAAAAUGUCAUACAUUUUUCAUAUUAAAUGAAAUUAAACAUUUUCUUAUUCUAUUUAAAUGAAUUUAUCUUGAACUUGUUGACCAUUUGUUGAGACCAGACGUCUUUCAUUAAAAUAUCAAAUGACAAAUCACCCCACCACCACUAAAUACAAGCAUUAAACCAAAACUAAAGGCUCAGCGUUAAAUGUGGUUGUGCGCAGAGUCUUCUCUCUGUUUCCUGAGUGAACUUUGUCCAUUUGAGUGCACGCUGUCUGAAAGCUCACUGAUUGGGAUGUAGCGGUGCAGUACCACUUAAACAUCAUAGGGAAAGUGUCCCCAAUAGUUCAAGAGAGAGAGAUGCAUAGAAAUAAAAAAAUUGCAACAUUUUUAUAGUAGUUUUUAUGCUUGAUCUACGAUUUGAAGUUUGUCAGAAAUAUUAAACUGCUGUGUACAGUGAUGCGUCUAAUUUUUCCUCUCUUUUUUCCACUGCCUCUAUCUCCACCUUUGUUGUUGUCAGAAACAACUGAAUCAGUGCUGCCCUCAAAUGGAUUCAAUGUAAAGGAUGCAUGGAAGUAUGUGGACAUUGUUUUAAAUGGACGUUAUCUAUUUUCAUAUGUAAAGGAAGCACAAAUGAGUCAACACAUAUGCUCACACGAGCUAACAAAAGCCACCAUAAGCUACUGGUCACCCUAGACUGAGAAAGGCUGUAAUUAAACAUGCAGGAUUGUUUAAUUUCUUAUGAAUGAAACGUUUCAUUUUAAAAGAAAGGGAUUUUCUAUUUGUCUUGCAAAGGUGAUACAGACUGGUCCCAAUAUGUGGAAUAUUUUGCACCUGUUGUUUCUCAGAGGGGAUCAGCGGCUCAACUCGCUGCCACCGAAGCCUGUUCUCUAACAAAUAUCAGGUUCCCCCCUCCCCUCCUAUUUCUUUCCAAAAAGGACAAAUGUAAAGGUUCCCUUCGUUAAUUGUCUUUGCUCUUACCUUCUGUGACUUAUUGCAAUUUUCUCAAAGGUUAAUAGAAAACUGAAAAUUGUUGUUGUCAAGUAAAUCAAAUCUCUUGCCUUUGUCCUGUACUGUAAGGGAACCGUGAGUGUUUUGCUUAUUGUUGUGCUAUUACGUGUCUAUGUAUCUGCAUCUCAGCUGAAUUAAACCAAACGAGUGACUGAAGGGACACGAACUGCUGCACCGAGAUGGUUCACUGUGCCACCAGGAUCGGUUGGCGUCAGUCAGUAUUGAAAUGGUUCGAGGAAGGGAUGUGAAAAAGAAAUGUUCCUGGAAAUAUUUGAUGUGCCAAAACCUAUAACCUUUUUGAGUGUUGUUGGGUCUGCAGCACGUGACGCUGUGUGGAGGAAGUGUAUUAACUCUGGCAGGCAUUCCUUCCACACGAUCAGAAGAAACACUUUUCUGAAUGGGAGCCAUAUGUGAGCCCAUGAAUGUAUGUAAAUAAUGUAUAUGCAUCUGAAAAGAGAACAGAAAUAUUCUUCUAGUGAUUUCUGCGAUUAUGAAAGAUUUUUAAAAAAUAUGUAAAGAAAGUGUACAUAACAUGAUAAUUCAAAUAUAUAGUGAGAGAUUUUAGCAACUUAAGUUCUGUCGAGUGUUUACACGACAUAUUGUUAAAAAGACUCGUGAAAGAUUUCAUGCUGAAUCCAUGAAUCAACAUUUUAUCUAAUGGUUUCUUGACUGGAAUGAUUUAAAACAGGUCAACACAGCAGUGUAGCAUUUUGUAUCAUGAAUCAUGAGUCAUUUUAAAUUAUGUCCUGUAAACACUGCACAAAAAUAGUUGCUAAAGAAAUGUUAUAUUUUUGCUUUUGUUCUACUAUGUAAAAUACAUUUACAAUAAAACCAUUUAAAGCAAA